UUAGAUUGUAGGAGACGACGACAACGACGACGACGACACGACGGCGAGGUCGAGUGGAGAUACAAGUGCCAGUGUGGACGAUACGGACGUUGUGUGAACAAGUGUAAUGAAAAACAGAACGUAGGGAUCGCGACGUAUUUACAAUCUUGUUGUAUUUUUAUUUGACUGUCAUUUAAAGCGCCCAACACUUUCUUCCUGGACUGUGUGAAAGCGGUGAUUCUGACGAUAACGGUGCGCGUCCACUGACGUUUCGUUUCGGAUCGACUGCGUCGCGUGUGUAUACCCACCAGUUGCCUGUUGCGUAACUACGAUUUUACGAUAGCCGUCUUCUCGUCGUUCCGUUCAGCGCAGGUUCAACAUUGCUGGGCAUGCAGCAUUUCAUCAAUUGUUAGCAAAAUAACGGACGCGACGCAAUCAGCUUCUUUAACGGGAAAAAUCGCGCAACAAGUUGAAGAAGAAAAAAGUGAGAAAGGAAAAGGGUGAAAGUGAAACCCAAGAGUGGGAUAUUCUUCGAAAAUGGCGGCAGGAACGUGUCAAUUGAUCUGAAGAAAUAUUCAGAAAAAUAUAAAAGUAGACAAGAUGGUGCUAGUAGUAAACGGGGUCCUACAAGAGGACAUUCCAGCAGAUAGCAGAUCUUUGUACGCAGCUCACCCAGUAUAUCGUGAAACAGCGGCACAACUUCAUUCGAUGCCGGCAAAAUUGAUGGGUCCAAUGGGUCUCCUUUACGUACGUCAACGGGAAAUGGCCGCUACUUUACCACACGACAAAAACGUGAGCAUUAUUGGCUCUGAUGAUAUGACAACCUGUAUAAUUGUCGUUGUGAGGCACUCCGGUUCAGGUGCUGCAGCGUUAGCGCAUCUGGAUGGAGCUGGUACGGAAGAUGCAGCAGCAGCGAUGAUCCAAAGGGUAACCGAACUCGCCCUUGGAUUUCCAGAGGGUCGUUUAGAACUACAACUCGUCGGUGGUUAUUCCGAUCCAAGGAAUUAUUCCGAAGAAUUGUUUUGCAAUAUUCUUUGUAAGGCUUCUAUCUUUCUCCCAGCAUUUCACAAACAACCAGUCGAAAUCGACUUAACUUUAUGUUGCGUGGGUGAAUUGAACACAACAGUAAGAGGUGGCAUUCAUUGGCCGGUAAUAUAUGGUAUCGGUUUGAAUGUGAAAACGGGCGAGAUAUUUCCUGCAACCUUCCCUGAUAAAGGACCUGAUCAGGCGCUAAGAUGCGCCAGACAUUUAACCGGAGGUCAACAAGUUCUGGAUGUUUACGACUGUACACUUGGUUUACUUAGAAUCGGCCCGUUCAACUACGAUCCUUUAAGAGGAGUCGACCUUUGGUUAGCUCAGUCAGAUCAAUUUAUUCUUCAACAUCUUUCGACUUGCCCAGAAGUAGAACUUCCACAUUUUGUGUCACAGGUACGAGCCACGCUCAAGUAUAUACAGGAUAAUCAAUUCCCGGCCGUCACCGUCUUCCGUGAUAAUAGACCUCAUUAUUAUCGUCGAGACGAAACUACCGGUGUUUGGCAACCCAUCCGAUAUUGAUACCGACUAUUGUUAUGCUGCGAAAUUCGUACGAAAAAAUAUCCCUAAAACGACAAUUGGCGAAAUUUUCUUAACAAUACAUAACAUUCGUAAAGUAGAGUAACGAGUCGAAGAAAUUUUAUUACAUGAAAUCGUUGUAAUAAAAUGAAUGUACUAUGAUCUAUGGUUUGUGUCUUAUACUUUAUAUUUUAUAUUAUGUUUUAUACUUGGUAUUGUUGAUGAGAUAUGUCUUUCGUGUUUAUUAUUCUAAAAAUUAGGUGUAUAAGAUGUCGCUGAAUGCGAUGAUGAUAGAUAUGCACGCAUCAUCUACAUGUCGUAUAUUAUAUAUUUUGCGGUUAUUAUAUUUAACGAUAAGACAUACAACGAUAGAUUUUGCGAUAUUCGCGACUGAUUUGAAAGUAAGCAACGACGAAGAGAGAUGAUUAGGUAAUUUUCCGUAGAAUAAUAUUUCCAAACAAUUAUUAUUGUUAAGAACGGUAGCCUAAGGGUAUGUACUUCUCGAUGGUUGUUGACUUUAAUAUUUCUAAUUUUUAGUUUCUUUUCCAAGAAAUCUUUACUAUUAAAUAUGCAAACGAUAGCUACAAAAAUUUAAAUUAAAAACACUAUUGUACGUUUUAGAUACAUUUCCUUUAUUGUUUCUUCAUUCUGUUAACGAUAGUAAUAACCAAUGUGAUCAUGAUACUUCAUUUUCAAUUCCGCAUUGUGAGGAAAAAAUAUAAAGGCGCAAGUGCUGAAUUGAAAUGAUUAGAAAAAAAAUUCGUUCGUAUUUAUAAUUUGUACACGACUCGCGUACACGUAUACAGAAAGCUAUGUACUUUUUCCUUCCCCUUUUCUCUCCCAUAAAAAAUAGAGGCGAAAUUCGUGAAAUAUAACAUUCCGUACUUGCCAUAAAAGCAAAUACAAUUAGGAAAGUCAGAUAAUAUUGUAAAUAAUUAUGUGGAAGUUGAGCAGGCGAGUUUCAGAGAAAAGGAAGAAUCUUUGUUAGAGGUAAAAAAAGGAAAAAGGAAGAAAGAAAAUAUGUUUCAUAGUCAGUUAUUCGACUGUGUUACUGUUUUCUAUUACUAUUCACUUUUUCAGAGAAGCCUGAAAUAUGUUCUAUAUAAUAAUAUUGUAAAGUAAAAUUCAAGCAUUAUGUUCGAAUAACUUUGCUGUCAAAGAGCUUGGAAAUCAAGACGAUUAAUGUACAAAUU